AUGUCGCUGACCUGUCGCCAGUUGCUACUCAAUUCAUUUCUUCUUCCAACAACUCGACAGAAUUUUUUAUCUAUCUAUCUAUCUAUCUAUCUAUCUAUCUAUCUAUCUAUCUAUCUAUGUGAGUCUAUUCAUAUCUAUUUAUCUCCCUAUGUGAGUUUAUUCAUUCUAUCUAUCUAUCUAUCUAUCUAUCUAUCUAUCUAUCUAUCUAUCUAUCUAUCUAUGUGUAAAUAUUUAUUUGUAAAAAAAAACACUAAACAAUUUUUAUAUAUGUGGGUUGAUUCAAAACCGCAACAUAUCUAUCUAUCUAUCUAUCUAUCUAUCUAUCUAUCUAUCUCAGUCUGUCCAUAUCUAUCUUAUUCUGUUUCUAUCUAUCUAUCUAUCUAUCUAUCUAUCUAUCUAUCUAUCUAUCUAUCUAUCUAUCUAUCUCAGUCUGUUCAUAUCUAUCUCAUUCUGUUUCUAUCUAUCUAUCUAUCUAUCUAUCUAUCUAUCUAUCUAUCUCAUCAACUAAACGCGGGCAGAUGUCCGAGAAAGACGCCAUUUUUCUUUUCCUGGUGCCACUCGUCUAUGUCUCUUGCUCUCUCUUCGCCCCCACUCUCUGGAGAGGCCGCGGCUGACGAUCGUCAGCUUUGGAGAGCCACAGUCAGUGACGGCGUCACGAUUUGCAGAAGUUGCGAUGGAAGAUCAGCAGGCAGCAAGGAGAGUCAGGAGAAAAGCAAGGACAGCCCCGUCUCCGUGUCAUCCAGUUUCAUCUGCGCCAAGUGCCUGAGAGACUGCCUCUCCAGAGUGGGACUACACAGUCACCAGAGGCGAUGUAACUCCAUCGCCUAG